UGGCCUCAAACUCAGAGAUCAACCUGUCUCUCUGCCUCCCAAGUACUGGGACAAAAGGUGUGUACCAACCACCAUUGCCCGGCAGGUUUUCUUAAAUUCUUAAGUGACAUUUGUAAUUCUGCCAUGUUUCUGUUAAGACAGUUAAACCUGCCUUUUUUGACUUUAAUUCAGAGCCUAGAGACCUGGUGGUCACCUAACUGCUCCCUGCUGCUGCCAGGCAGGGGUUCCUUCCUUCCUCACCAGCCUGGCUUUGAACUGCAGGCAUCACCGUCGGACAUGGCCAGCGUGGAUCAGCGUGAAGGCACCAUCCAGGUGCAGGGCCAGAACCUCUUCUUCAGAGAGGCCCGACCUGGCAACGGGCAGGCUGUCCGCUUCUCCGUGCUGCUGUUGCAUGGUAUCCGAUUCUCCUCUGAGACUUGGCAGAACCUGGGUACUCUGCAUAGGUUGGCCAAGGCUGGCUACAGGGCUGUGGCCAUUGAUCUACCAGGUCUGGGGCAAUCCAAGGAUGCAGCAGCCCCUGCCCCUAUCGGGGAACUGGCCCCUAGCAGCUUCCUAGCUGCUGUGGUGGAGGCCUUGGAGCUGGGACCCCCAGUUGUGAUCAGUCCAUCAUUAAGCGGCAUGUAUUCCCUGCCCUUCCUCGUGGCCCCUGGGUCCCAGCUCCGGGGCUAUGUACCAGUGGCUCCCAUCUGCACAGACAAAAUCAAUGCUGCGGACUACGCCAGUGUGAAGACGCCAGCUCUCAUUGUAUAUGGAGACCAGGACCCCAUGGGCUCCUCCAGCUUUCAACACCUGAAGCAGCUGCCCAACCACAGAGUGCUGGUCACGGAAGGGGCGGGGCAUCCCUGUUACUUGGACAAGCCUGAGGAGUGGCAUGCCGGCCUGCUGGAUUUCCUGCAGGAGCUAGCCUGAGACUCAGUCCUGCUCAUAGAGGGGACGGACUGCCUGCCCUAGGAUCUCUUGCUGUCUUCCUCCUGGUCUCUGGCUUCCGCCUCACCUGCAACAGGUCUGUCUACACGUCUGUCUGGGUUCCUGUCAUUUCUCUUUUUCUCUUGCAGUGACAGAUCAGAUCAAGGAGGUAGAAUCAAGUGGAAAAGGCCUCGGAUUCGAGGGGAGAACUCUGAUUGUGGGUAAUCCAUGUGCUCCUGCAGGCUUCCUGCUUGGCUCUCUAUCUGCCUUCCUUUCUUUCUGAUCCUUCUCUCUCUUCGGCUGCGCUACAGGACAGACAUUCCUUCUGUUCCCCUACCCUUAAGGCCACAUCCCACACCCACCCAAACAGAACCUUUCCUGUGGGAAUAGCACAGGGGUCCACGUGACUGGACCGUCACCACAUUCCCGGGUAGCUUUGCACCCCGUGCUUGCACAGGUACAUGUGCAAUUUCCUAAAGGAAGCGGGGAGUCUUUGAAAGAGAUCCACUCGCCUGGAUAAAAAUGUGGCCACCCCUAGAUUUCUCUUAUCUACCCGUUGCAACUGGUCCCAGACCAGAAUUGUUUCCCCAGAAGGGGAUGUGCACCCCCCUGCUUUUCAAAUCUCCCCCCUUCUUCUUGGGGGCUCCCCAGGUCAUCAAGAAUGAAUCUUCUCAGCCCAGCCCAUUUCCUGCUCUGAGGUUUGGGAGUGGGAUGAGGAGACCGACUGCGGAGGUCCCUGAAAUAAAGUGAUACAAUUAGACCUCACAA